UCGCGCGGAUCAUUACUUUGAGCUCGUACCGCCAAAGUUAAUUUAAACAGCGUUGCAGCUUCCCUAUAAACUGCUACAUGAUUUCUGACUUUUUCAUUUACCAGAACUUUCGUAUUUUUCAUAAUGCUGUUUCGUUUGUGUGUUUUUAUCAUAGUUACGUGCUUGUCACUGGCCGUUGUUGCACGGAGCGAACCAUGCAGUGCAGCAUGGCAGAAAUGCGGGCGACUGCGGAACGAGACCUAUGGGAUACUGCAGAACCGACCAUCUGCCUCGUGGCCUAUGAGACAGGAGAAUGUUAGUAACACUGAACAAGCGGACAGUCAUUGUCGCCCUGCCACGGCACUGGCGCACUGCCUGGCCAGCGUGCUGCAGCGCUGUCCCGACGAUCCCGAGGUGGAGCGCUUCACUGGGAACGGUGGAUGGUACGAUGCAGAAACGUGGAUGAUGGAGAGUCGAAUAUGCGAGCUGUCACUCCAUGCUGUCGGCUUCAACCUCGCUCUCGCAUACUGCGAAAAGCAGCUCCCCGACUCCCAGAAAGCCCUGAUGUAUGCCGACUACACUGCACUGGCUCAAGCGUCAAACAACGCCACCAUGGCGCACUACAACCUGUGCGAGAUGUUGCGACAGUUUGCUGAGAAAACCAGUGCUGUGGCCAGCGUUGAGCUGAUUGAGAAGUGUGGAGCGGAAGCGAUACGGGUGCUGCAUGAAGGUCAUAAGCAAUUGCACACUGCACACUGUUCCAGCUGAGUGCGCUUAAGGGAAGGAAGCGGUACAAUUUCGCGUACAUGAGCUUUGUAUCCUGUCGAGCUGUCGCUAUCGCGCAGUCGGAAUCAAUUCUUUUCAAUUUUUUUAUACGAGUAUCAUUCUACAAUUCAGUUAUUACUGGCGAAAGUCAAAUCCGGAGAGCUAAAUAAAAUGGACAAAAAUUAUCAGUGCUUUGUCGUGUGACAAAGGUUGGAAUGUUGUCAGAUCUUCUUAAAACUUUACCGGAAAAGUCAUAUAAAUAUCAAGUGAAUCCUGCUGUCCAUGAUACACAGGUGUUUAGCAAGCUUGUUUCGG